AUGAUUAUUUUUACUCUAUUCACAAUUAUAUAAUCAUAAAUAGCGCAAUUAUCAUUAAAUGGAGAAGGCCUCAAAGAAUAGCUGCUUCAAAUGAUAGAUGAAAAUUAAUUGGAUUGCCAAACUAUCCAAUUGCUAAUCACCAGAGGAUUUGGACAACAGAUCCUCGAUUUAAUAACAACUGAUUCAAUCAUUCUGGAGUCUCAUUUGCAAUGUGCAAAACAAUCCAUUCAAAAUGAUUUAUUACAAUUGGAAUCACUCAAAAAGAGAUUCACCAAUCAUGAAAAUCAUGUACUCAUCAAACCCAUUAUCCUAUGGGCACAAUCCAGAGCCAAUAUUUUGAUCAAGGUCAAAUUUGCACAUAGAAUCGAUGCUCCUGCUUACAUUAGUGUUAAGAAUCACCAAAUCCAAUACCUCAAUCAAAAUCUGUAGAUUUCUGCAGAAUCCGAUUAGAAUAACAUCUUGACUAAAUUCUACUUAGAGAUUCCCCUCCUUAAUCAAGUUGACAAGACCAUAGGUUGGCAAGUGGAAAGUGUUGGCACCAUGGUUUUGAAUAUCACCAAAAUUGAAUCCAAAUUGUGGUUGCAUCUAAGCAAAAAUAAAAAUGACAAAUUCUAAAUUUGGUGGGACUUAAAAGAAUAAAUUGGUAAAGACAUGGAGGACUUUUCUAAAAUGCUUGACAAUCAAGAAGACCAUCUAAAAAAUAAGAAAAAACAACAAAAAAAAAGUGACUCUUCACAACAAUCCUCGCCUAUUAAAACUAACAUAUUUGUUGCAUUUUUUCUAAAAUUCAAAUAAUGGCUUAAUAAAUGGUUUUGA